AUGGCGGCUGCAGGCCAAGGAGCUGGGCUGGCGGGCAUGAUUGCCUUCGCCCUUGAGAAUGGCGAGACCGGCAUCAUAUCCUCGGCGGACCGGCGAGCUUAUGAUCAUAUCAUCCACCAUACUGUUGGGGCUAUUCCCCCAGUCGGUCUUGAAGCUAAUCCUAGUCCACCAGAUGCCCAUGUCGUUGACAUCUUGUCGAAAUCCAAACUUCCUGAAGAUGAUUUGGAUGAGAUAUGGGAGCUUGCGAAAAGCGUUGAGUCGGAGGAAUCAGAAGAUGGGUACUGGUCCACUUUGGAGGUUUAUGUGGCACUUCAUUUCGCUCAACUACAUGCGCGUAUCGAGUCUACUGAGAUGGCACUACUAUAUACUGGAGUCGCAUUGACGACCGGAAAGAAGCUUGGCCGUAAAUCCAGCUACAAGCAAGCUCGCGCCGCCUCAUUGGCUUUCGAGACUGCUCCACCCAUGCCGCAGAUACCUGCAUCUGAGAUUCAACGGACACGCUCGCAGGCAGCACCCCAUGGCGCCACAUCUCUCCAUCCUUCCAACCAGUGGAAUUCUGUGGUUGAUGCCGAUACAUCAUUACACCGCCGGCAUUCCCACCAGACUUCCUCUGAGCGUGACAACACCUCGCUUAGCCAAGUUGGUCUAGAGGCAGUGAACGAGCUCGAUACCAUUCUACGUGAGGGCAGUGUGCGGAGUGAUACUGCCACCCGAGCCCAAAGACUGGCGACCAUACUCAAAACAAGAUGCCCCGACAUCUCCUUGGGUUCAGUCAUUCAAUCUGCCGGGCCCCGUGUCUCCGCCGCUAAUGAAGGAGAGGCGCACGCAGCUCUCGUCAGAAUCCAUCGCCCCCAAUUCAAAGACCCUAGCAAAGGCUUUGGAAAGCUCAGGUCUAAAUCUACGAAAGACAAAAAGCGAGACACACAGACUUGGAUAUUCAGUGAUGAAGAGAAAAGCCGUGCAUUACAAGAGGCGGUGGACACUGGUUUUGUAGGGAUUGCUGAAGCUCUACUAGACAAGGGUACAGAUCCGAACCAGGUCAAAGUUGAGGAGAAAAGUAAAGUUCUUCGAUCGAAAAGCGUUACAGCUAAGUCGGUCAACUACAUUUUGAAGGCAGCUGCCAACAACGACACCGAGAUGGUGAGCCUUCUUGCGAGCCGUGGAGUCUCUUCAAACAGUAAGGAACUUGCUUUGGACCAAGCUGUCAAACAGAGCUUGCCUGCUGUAGUAUUGACCCUCCUACAGUAUAACGUCGAUGCUAAUGCACUUGGUGGAAGUAUCUUCCAAGCAGCGAUCAGCUCCCAAAGGCCAGACAUUGUAAAGCUGCUGUUGCGAGCGCGCUCGAAUGUGAAAACGGCCUAUAUCACGGCGAAUCUUCCACUCGCAGUCUCUCAAGGAAAUCAGGAGAUGAUCUCUAUAUUAGUUUCGAGCGAAGCCGACGUAAAUGCUGAGAGCGCUACAGCACUUCGUAAAGCCGUUCAAUCGCAAAAUGUCGAUCUUGUUCUUCCGAUCAUGAAAGGAAGACCAUCCAAAGAGACUGUUUCCAUCGCAUUUCAAGAUGCCUUUUCAGCAAACAGCUCCGCAUCCCUUGUCGAACAAUAUCUACUCCUCGAGAUCUUGCUCUGUGGAGGUGCCGAAGGUAACAACGUUGCUGAAACACUCAUCCAUGUUGUCCGUGCCGGCCAUCGAAAUCUGGCUAAGCUCUUGAUACUGCAUGGGGCGUCUACACAAUACAAAAACGCUCAAGCUUUACGUAUCGCUGUAGCUGGCGGCAAUGUUGGGCUCGUAGCCUGCCUUUUGAAGGGGUCCAUCUCUGCUGAUAGCAUCAAUGGAGCCUUCAAUGAGAUUACCAAGCCUUACGAUGAGCAACAAGCGUACGCUUUGAUGUCAGCUCUCAUAUUCAAAGGUGCUACGGGUCGACCGCUUGACGAUGCACUUGUAGCUACGGUGCAGCAAGGCUGCAUUGCGUUGGUUAAACUGCUGCUUGACCACAAUGCCUGUGUGAACUAUAAGGGUGCUCAAGCUCUCAAGAUUGCCGCGAGCGCAGGCGAUUUGUUUACGCUCCGGAUCUUAUCCAACAAAGGGCGACCGCAAACGCAGUCGAUGGACCAGGUCCUUCCAAUGAUUCCACCUAGCCCCCCUAAAUUGAAAUACGAGAUGACUAGGUGCCUCAUCGAGGCUGUUUCACCAGCAAAGCUACAGACUAGCGCACUUGAUCUUGCGUUGGUGAAGGCUAUAGACUCGGAAACAGAAGCAAUCGAUUAUAAUCUAGUCAAUAUUCUAGUAACGUCGGGAGCUAACGUCGACUGUCAGCAAGGACAGUGCUUUCAACUUGCUGCGAGGCGAGGGGUGAUGGAGUUGUUGCAGAUCUUCAUUCAGAGAUCAUCACAUCUAUCUUUACUCUCUACGGCCGUUCCGAAUGCAAUGAGACUCUCGAACUCGGCGCUGAGGCGAAAGGUCGUCGCCUUGAUGCUCGAUCAUGGCGCACAAGGACCGACUGUCUCCCAAGCCCUCAUUGAUUCUCUAUCCGAGAACCCAAUGGAUGAGGACUUGAUGGCAUCUCUACUCACCAAGGCCGAUGUAGACUACCGAGAGGGUCAAGCCCUAAACCUUGCAAUGCAGUACUCAACAAGAAUACUCUCUAGGAUAAUUCAAGUAGGCAAACCAGGCCAAAAAACAAUGGCUCACGCCUUGACCAUGUGCAUUAAUCCAAGGACGCGGGAACGGGAGGCAAAACUGGACUUAUUCCUGAAAGCUGGAGUGAACCAAGAGACUUUAGACGGAGCGCUUGUAUCAGAGAUAUCAAGCCGAUCAGGAUACAGUAUGCAUGUAGUCAAGGCGUUGCUGAAAUAUGGCGCCUCAUGCACCUUCGAUGACGGGAAAGCGCUCGAGCUCGCAGCGCGGAACGGCGAUUCGAAGCUUUUAGAACAACUUCUUGGAACCCAGCCUAGCGUCGAUAUCCUGCCAAUGAUCCUCCUCACGGCGAUGAAAGAAACUCCAAGGGGCUUCAAGUUUGACACCGUAGGCCUCAUUCUCAACGCUGGUGCCAGAGGCGAUAAAAUCAGCCAAGCUCUAACAUACGAAGUCUGUAGCACCACAGAUUGCGAGCUAAGAAUUGUUCAGUUGCUCAUCACUUACGGUGCAGAUCUAAGCUACAAGCAUGGCCAGGCUUUGAAACAUACAGUCUCUGUGCCAUUAAGCAUAGAAUUGCUCCGUACACUGAUCGAGUCGAAGGGAGCUUCAAAAGUUAUAUCACGUUUGGUGCCAUUAGCAAUGAAGCAUAUUGAGCCAGUCAGAUUGCCAUUACUGCAAAUCAUUCUCGAGAAAGGGGCCUCAGGACCGGAUGUGGAUACCGCUCUGGUGACCGCUGUCUCAGAGUCCCCUCCGUCCCAACUCACUGUAGAAAUAUUGCUUCGAUAUGGUGCUUCACUUGACCAUGAUCACGCGAAGGCCGUCAAAUGCGCAGCAGAAAAUGGGGAUCCAACGAUCCUCCAGGCACUACUGUCAAAGUCUUGCAAGCUAAGAUAUCUAUCAGAAGCUCUCCAAACAGCCAUGCAAGCGUCUCAGUCUGAGAAUGAUGCAAGCAGAGAACAACGAUUCGCUUGCAUCAAGUUACUUACUGAUGUUGGGGUACAAAACGACGAUUCAAUCCAUAGGGGUUUGAUUCAAGCCGUGGAGGAACGUGAUCAUUUCCUUGCACAACAUUUUCUCAACAACGGCGGGGACCCAAACCACGAUAACGGUGCAAGUGUAAGAGAAGCAGCUGUACAUGGCGAUAUUAUCUCUCUCCAGAUGCUACUCCGAGUGAAGUCGAUCCCAGGUGUCUGCUCCGUCGCUUUUGAAGCCGCGUCGCAGGAGCAGCUCAAGCAUCCAAGUAUCAGUAUCGAAUGCCUUUACAAUGUGUAUUCCAUGCUUGUCACGGCUGGUUCUGCAGGUCCUGCCGUUGAUGCAGCCUUUCUCGAGGCGCUCAUUGACCGUCAACCAUCCAAAAACGAUUUUGUGGAUACGGUGCUCAAAGCUGAAGGUUCAUUAGACGUCAACUUCAAAAAGGGUAAAAGUCUUUGCAUAGCUGCCAGUGCGGGCUUGUUUCCAAUCGUGGAGGCAUUACUGAAACGUAAUCCAAGUAAGGCUACAUUGCGAUCAGCAUUCAUGUCCGCACUUCGAUCCCGAUCUCAAGAGAAGGACAUCAUCAAAGUGACAAGACUGUUUCUUGAGCACUCGAAAAAUGAGAAAUUUGUGUACUUUCAAGACAAGACAAUGAGCGGACCUCUUUACACAGCCUUGCAUCAGCACGCCGGGAAGCCAGAACUAUUGGAAUACCUGCUUGACAACGGGUGUUCAACUGAGGCUCAAUUUACAUGGCAAUUUUCUCGCGAGUCUGAAGUGGAGGAAACCUCUGCGCUGCUGUGGCUCAUCUGUCAAGCGGAUCGCUCGACUGACACUCGGACAGUCAAGCUGCUUCUUGACCGAGGGGGUGACGCAAAUUUCCGUACUCCCUGUUCAAGUAACAGCCCUUUGAUUAUGGCUGCUGCAGCAAGUCAACCCGAUUUAGUCAUGCAGCUCUUGAAAGCCGGUGCUCACGCGCAGACAGAGAAUGCUUUGGGAGAAACUCCCCUUCAACAUGCAACCAGUUCGGGGUGCGUUGAGAGCGUGAAGCACCUAAUCAGCUACAAUGCACAAGUGAACGACGAAUCUUUACACAUGGGUGCAAGAUUAGCACGAGCUGAGGCUGUGAAAGCUCUCCUCGAACAUGGCGCUGCAAUAGACUAUCCAGGCACUCUCUCGUGCAAUGGACGGACUGCUCUGGGCGAGAUUUGCCAGAUGGCGUCCCCGGAUGACGACCCAGCUGAACUCAAACAGACCAUCGCAGAGCUCGUGAAAGCAAAACCUGACCCCGGGAAAUUGACCAAAGGAAGAGCGCACGUCAUUCUGGCACUCGAGAACGACAAUCCUCUAGGAAUACUUAGAAUACUGUUUGCAGCUUGGCCUUCCCUGCGAGAGCAUCUCAACGCCGACUACAACAUCUACCAUGGCCAAGGGAAUCUCCGCUAUAGCCCAACAGCAUACGCUCGCCACUUCCUUUGCCGGCGUCCGUUUGACAGGCGUCAUCUCUCUAUGGAAACCCGAUGCUGCAACCUCCCGAACUGCCCCGGCCCAGCACUCGAAGACCUCCUCCACCAUCACGGCUGCCUCGACCGCUUCUGGAACGACAAAGCUGGCGCCAACCAGCCCUCCGGCACGUGCAGACCCCCUCAACACAUCAUCGACGCUCAGAUUGAAGCCGCCGCAAUCCGCAAAGAACAAGAGAAACAAGCCCGCAUCCGCGCGGAGAAAGAGCGCCAACGGCUCGAAGCCCAAGCAAUCCGCGACGCAGAAGCAGCGGCCGACCGCCAACGCGAACGCGACCACCAAGCCGUGAUUGAAGAAGGCCGGCGCGCCGACGCACGCGAAGACCGACGCCGGCUCGAAUUCGCCGAAUCACAGCGUCGCGCCGACGAAGCAGCAGCAGAGUCAGAACGUCGGGCAGAGGAAGCAGCAGCGCGAUCCCGGCGGGAUGCGGAGGAGGCGAGACACAGAGCGGAGGCUGCGCGGGAGAAGCGGGAGCAUGAGGCCAGGUUGGCGAGGACAAGGUCGUUGGCGAACGAGGAGGAACGGCAUCGGACACGGCAGGAGAAGGGCAAGAUGGCUGCUUUGGAGAAGCAGGCGAGGCUGGAGAAAGAGGUUUUGAGGGAGCGGAGGCAGUUUGUGGAAAGUGCGGCUGGGUUGGUGACGCAGGCGCAGAUUGCGGGGGUGGGACAGAGGGAGAUGGGGCAGAUUUUGGGGGAGGUUGGGGAGGGGGCUAGGGGACGGUAUUUGACUAAUAGAUAG